CAUGUCGAUGUGUGCGUGCGGGCUGCGUAACGGUAGCCUCGAACCCAGACGCCUUUGACGACGACGGUGCCGAGGGGACAAAUACCGAUUUGUCUAGAAUCGAGAAUCUAGAAACGCGGGAGAUUAGGUAUCUCGAAUUAUACGAAAGAGAAACGUAAUCCGUAAAUCUAUCGCCGCGAAUUCACGUACUUUAGCGCGCGGCAUCGGGUAAAACGGAGUCGAGUACCACGGCGGUACGAGUGGCGGCGCUGACGUCGCCGCGGCGGCAGCGCUGGGCGCGAGGCUACGGCGAAGAAUCCGUAUGCGCAUGUCACUUCACGGCACGGUCUCUUUCUGUCGUGGCACUUGGAGAGUACUAGAGAACUAGUAUUACCUAAAACUACAAAAUGGGUAAAGAGAAGAUUCACAUUAACAUCGUCGUUAUUGGACACGUCGAUUCCGGCAAGUCCACCACCACUGGUCAUUUGAUCUACAAAUGUGGUGGUAUCGACAAGCGUACUAUUGAAAAGUUCGAGAAGGAAGCCCAGGAGAUGGGCAAAGGUUCCUUCAAGUAUGCCUGGGUAUUGGACAAACUCAAGGCCGAGCGUGAGCGUGGUAUCACCAUCGAUAUCGCCUUGUGGAAAUUCGAAACUUCUAAGUACUAUGUAACCAUCAUUGACGCCCCUGGACAUAGAGACUUUAUCAAAAACAUGAUCACCGGUACCUCGCAAGCCGACUGCGCAGUGCUGAUUGUUGCCGCUGGUACUGGUGAAUUCGAGGCCGGUAUCUCGAAAAAUGGUCAGACUCGCGAGCAUGCCCUUCUCGCUUUCACCCUCGGCGUCAAACAAUUGAUCGUCGGAGUUAACAAGAUGGAUUCCACUGAGCCCCCGUAUUCCGAGACCCGAUUCGAAGAAAUCAAGAAGGAAGUCUCGUCAUACAUCAAGAAAAUCGGUUAUAACCCGGCCGCUGUAGCGUUUGUACCUAUCUCUGGCUGGCAUGGAGACAACAUGUUGGAGGUAUCCUCCAAGAUGCCAUGGUUCAAGGGAUGGACUGUAGAACGUAAGGAGGGCAAGGCUGAAGGUAAAUGCCUUAUUGAAGCUCUCGAUGCCAUCCUGCCGCCUACUAGGCCAACCGACAAGGCUCUUCGUCUUCCCCUUCAGGACGUAUACAAGAUUGGUGGUAUCGGAACAGUACCCGUCGGUCGUGUCGAGACCGGUGUACUGAAACCCGGUAUGGUCGUUACCUUUGCACCCGCUGGGUUGACCACUGAAGUUAAAUCCGUCGAGAUGCAUCACGAAGCUCUUCAAGAGGCGGUGCCUGGUGACAAUGUUGGUUUCAACGUUAAGAACGUGUCUGUUAAGGAAUUACGUCGUGGAUAUGUUGCCGGAGAUUCCAAAAACAAUCCGCCCAAGGGUGCCGCUGACUUCACCGCACAGGUCAUCGUGCUCAAUCACCCCGGUCAAAUUAGCAACGGAUAUACGCCCGUACUGGAUUGCCAUACUGCCCACAUCGCUUGCAAAUUCGCUGAAAUUAAAGAGAAGUGCGAUCGCCGUACUGGCAAGACCACCGAAGAAAACCCGAAGGCCAUCAAGUCUGGCGAUGCCGCCAUCGUUACCCUGGUGCCCAGCAAGCCUAUGUGCGUAGAGGCUUUCCAGGAGUUCCCACCCCUGGGACGUUUCGCUGUCCGUGACAUGCGUCAGACGGUAGCUGUCGGCGUCAUCAAGGCCGUCACCUUUAAGGAUCAAGCGGGCAAAGUCACUAAGGCCGCUGAAAAAGCCCAGAAGAAGAAAUAACUAUUGUAAUAGUUUCCGUGCAUACACCGAUAGUUUUCGUGCGAAUAUGCCACCGGGUGGGCACUGGCAUACAUCAGCCGACGUAGCUCACCCUCCCUCCUCGUACGAUUCAUGGGAGACGAAUUUUACAGCAUCACCGCCAUCAGUAGCAGAGCUUCCUGUACAGCUGCGAACUUCCGAAAAUGAGAAAAUGAUGCAGUCGCGAAGAUUGGUUCUUCGCACGUGCGAGGUUUUGCGAUUACCGCACUUCCUCGGCGUACGGACAUUUCGUUUGUCGAAACGGCUACUCCGUCACUUUUUCCACCGUAAAGAGUUUCGUAGGAAAGGAAAUGCAGCUCGGCAGGAUGAUGUCUACCGAAGAGACGACGCAUGUUAUUUUCGUCUCGCAGGAGUACGCGAGGAGGGAGAGCGAACUUCGCGCGAGCUAUCUAAAGAAAAAAAAGCGUACACCUACCAACUUUCAUAACAUCAACAUAAUUUAGCGCGGCUUAAUUAUAUAUUUUCUAAUUACUAUACGGAAAUAAAUUCUGUAUAUAUUCGAUACUCGAGAAGAGACAUGUCAUUAUUACUCUUCGACAUCUUUUAAAAAAAACGCCUCAUUUGUCGCUCUAACAUCUACGGUAGCUAUACGAUUUGACCAGAAGUAAAAUGAAAUACAUCUCGCGGCGAUGUCAGUAUCCUUUUGUCUUCUUGGUAGUUUUUUUUAUAUUAAUCUCGUUCAAACUAACUCAGAAAGCUUAGAAUAGAGAAAAAACAACGGUAGUAAGCCUUGACAAAGAUAGAUUUUGUUGGGAUAUGGGACCUGCUGUUUUCUCUAAUUAUCUUUCUAUUCGAUUAUAGAUAAGACAUUCAAGUAUUCUGAAGAGAAAGAAAGAAAAACUUUUCUACGAAAUAUUCUUUUUAUUGAGUAACGUGAAACAAGAAGUGCGUGCACAAGAAAAUGACACAAUGACUCGGCAUCCUUCACCUUCUCGCGAUUCUAUAAAACGACAUUGGUUAACCAUUUUCUGUACAUACAUAUAAAUACCAGCGAUGACGAGUAAGAGCGAAAAUAAAGAAGCUGCGGAAACGAGAGAUGCCGGUGAUUCACUAUCACCAAUUCAUUUCCUAAUUUUCCUUUAAAUGUUACAUCGGCAUUUCUACAAAGAGAAACAGAUAAAUAUAUUCCAAAAACAA